UUGACACAUUUGUAACCAUACCAGGUAAAUAAAGCAUUAAAGAUUGUGAAAUCCCCACCAAACCUCCAUACCAAGUCAAUGGAUUGUUUCUUCUUGACUCUGGAAGCCUCUUUUCUAGAAGCCUAAGCCCCCGAUCGAAGGAGAAGUCGCUUAAUGAGCUGCAAAGUAUGGUGGAGCGACGGUCACAUGGGCGGCAAUUAAAGCGUGUGACCACGUAGCAAUCAUGACGGAAGAAAACGUGCACCAAGCUGAAAGGGCUGCGCAGGGGAAAAUAAAGUACAGAUUUAGUGGCCAUGGAUUCCUGUAUUCCUCCGCCGGAUGCCCAUUGUACUUCCUUCCAUGGCUCGUCAGCAGUUAAUUGCGCAGUCAUCUCUAGGCAGGGGCGAUUCAAAUGCAAGCCUUUCACAAAUGGAAGAGGAUGACAUUAAGCUGAAAACGCAAUGUUGGUCCAAUGGCCCUUCGGGGAGGGCUCGGCAUGAGUGUCUUCAACAACCUACUGUUGAGCCAAUGGAUGAUCACCUGGUAGAAUUCUCAGAAACCCUAAGGACUGUAGCCAAGGCAAUGAGGCGAGUGGCAGAGGGGAAAGCUCAUGCACAAGAAGAAGCGGCUGAUUGGAAGAGGAAAUAUGAAAUAGAACGGUUACGAAAUUCGCUGCUAGAACAGAGAGGGCAAGGAAAAGUGAACAUUAACUGCAAGAAACCAGUAGAUUUGCUUCAACAAAAUAAGAACGGAAUUCUAAUGGAAAAUCAAAAUGGGCUAAGUUUUGAGAAACACACUAUAUAUAGUGAGGAAGUCCUUAACAGGGAAGCGACCAAGUUUGAUUUGGGAAACAAUGCAAACCCAAAUACUGGAAAGUCCUUGUUCACACUUGCGUGGGGAUGUAAUCGUGAGAAGAAUACACGGCAUAAGCAUGAUGUUGUUUCUUUUGAGAGUGGUAAUAUUACUACUGCUGUCCGCAGCAGUAAGCAGAUAACUUUGGAGUGGGUUUCACCUCCGCAAUCUGUGAUAAUACUGACGAAGCCUGACUCCACUUCUGUACGAGAAUCAUGCAAAGAGAUGGUCCGGUGGCUUAAAGAAGAAAGAAAUGCUAACAUAUUUGUGGAGGACAGGGUGAAGGAAGAACUUCUUACAGAAAGUCAAUAUUUUAAAUUUGUACAAACAUGGGAGAAAGAUGAAAUUUCACUAUUACACACAAAAGUUGACCUUGUUAUAACAUUAGGUGGAGAUGGAACCGUUCUUUGGGCAGCAUCAAUGUUUAAGGGGCCAGUUCCACCUGUUGUGCCCUUUUCUUUGGGGUCAUUGGGGUUUAUGACACCUUUCCAAAGUGAGUUGUACAGGGAGUACUUACAAAUGGUUAUGACUGGACCUGUUAGCAUCACAUUACGACAUCGUCUACGGUGUCGCAUUGUACGAGAUGCAGCAAAAGAUGAUAGAGUAGAAGAAUCUAUCUUGGUCUUGAAUGAUGUUUCUAUUGAUCGUGGAAUGUCAUCAUUUCUUACUUUUCUGGAGUGCUACUGUGAUGAUUCUUUUGUAACUUGUGUCCAAGGAGAUGGAUUAAUUUUAUCAACAACAUCGGGAAGUACAGCUUACUCAUUGGCAGCAGGGGGCUCUAUGGUCCACCCUGAGGUCCCAGGAAUCCUUUUCACCCCAAUUUGUCCACAUUCAUUGUCAUUCAGACCCCUCAUUUUACCUGAAUAUGUUACUAUUCGCGUGCAAGUCCCCUACAAUAGUAGAGGCCAAGCAUGGGCCUCCUUUGAUGGCAAGGACCGAAAACAGCUUAAGGCAGGUGAUGCGCUUCUUUGUAGCAUGGCUCCUUGGCCUGUGCCAACUGCAUGCCAGGUGGAUUCUACACAUGACUUCUUGCGUAGUGUUUGUGAAGGGCUGCACUGGAAUUUGAGGAAGAAACAAUCUUUUGAUGGCCCUCGAGAAAUAUAAUGUUUCUUAUUUACAUUAACAUAUUUUUUCAUUCCUCUAAUAGACAAUUUGUCAUGAUAGCUUUUUCCAAGGCCAAAGACAAUCUUAAGUUGUUAUCAUCCUGUAAUAUUCACUAAGGGUGAAGGUAAUUGUAUUAGUCUGUCUUGAUCUUCUCACUCAAUUAUCAUAAUUGUAAUAUAUGUAAUGAUAACAUAAGUAAAAAAAUGAAACAAAAUAUAUCUUUGUAAUUGUCUCAAAAGUUGGACCACUUAGUGGAGCUUGACAGGGCUGUGUAAAGCCCUUGCUUUGUAAUUCUUCUGGUUUGAAUAAGUUUUUACCCCUCUUUUAGUUUAAA